AUGGAAGAUUUCUCACCGAGGACUCUGCUCGAUAGUAUCUCGCACCUUAGUGCCUUGACUUCUGAUGGCUCUACUGCAAGGCCCAAGCCUAUUCAGAACUACUGCCAAAACGUAUGCGAUAUAUCAAGCAUCGUGAGCCCUCUCAUAGAAGAUAUAUGCAAGUCUCCUGAAGAGCAACUCAAUGAGGUGUUAAGGGAGCUUGACACUGCUAUAAACGAAGCUUCAGGGCUUAUUGGGAACUGGCACCAAACGACCAGCAAAAUAUACUUUGUUUGGCAAAUUGAAUCAGUGAUCUCGGAUAUUCAGGGAUGCUCCCUUCAAUUGUGCCAGCUUGCUAAUUCUUUAUUACCUUCUCUGACUGGAUGUGCUUGCAUUUGUAUUCAGAAACUCCAGGACAUCGAUUAUGAGCACAUGUUUGAUUUGGCGAAGGAGGUCGCAACGAAGUUAAAUGGGAAUGAUACACAAAGUCCCGAGAAUCUGUCGAUAGUAUCAAGUUCAUUAAGUCUGUCAACUAACCUUGAAUUAUACAUGGAAGCUGUUUCCCUCGAGAAUCUGAGAACAAGGGCAAUGCGCAGUGAGAACCGUAAAGAACUCGAGCUUGCUGAGGAGAUGAUUCCAAUGGUCAACUAUAUGCACGAGCGCCUUCUCAGGGAAACACAGUUGCUUAACAUCAACGGGGUACCCAUUCCUGCUGAUUUCUGUUGCCCACUUUCCCUGGAGCUGAUGUCUGAUCCUGUUAUUUUAGCAUCUGGUCAGACCUAUGAGCGGGUUUAUAUCAAGUUGUGGCUCGAUGAAGGUUUUACUAUCUGCCCGAAGACACGCCAAAGACUUGCUCAUUCUAAUUUAAUUCCUAACUAUACUGUGAAAGCUUUGAUAUCCAACUGGUGUGAGUCACAUGAUAUUAAGCUACCUGAUCCUGUGAAAUCCUUGAAGUUGAACUUUCCGUCAGCAGCCUCCUCCCUUCAAGAUUUGAGCGCCACAGGCAACAGUCCUCUACAUCCUAGUGCUGGUAGGGGUAAUAUUCCUGGGUCCCCAGAAGCUGACCUGUAUAUGAGAAGCCUGAAUAGAGCAUCUCCUUCCCACAGUGCGGUCCACCAGAACUCUGAUGCACUUGUGAACCGUCCUGGCCAUGAGGCAUCCACCAAUCAGUCUUCAGACUAUGCAAAUGGCUCCGCGCCAGAUAUUUCAAGGCUAUCUGUUGCGAGUUCUGAAGCAAGAGAGUCUGGUUUUGAAGAAAGGCAUGCUGGUUCCAAUGUACAAACCUCAGAACAAUCGACGGAGGAAACAUUUGAAGCAUCUCUUUUGAACGGUGAUUCACAGGACCAUGUAGGCAGCUCUUCUGUUAAUGGGAGUCUUCCUAAUAGCGGUCAGCUUGAUGGGGAAUGUGACAAUGCCAAUGGGAUGGUACGAGUUCCAGGUGAUAGGACAAAUUACAGUAGUGAUGCAUCUGGAGAAGUUGCUGACGGUGGGCCUUCUGUCUCUUCCGCCCCUCAAAGGGAAAAUGUAAUGCUCCCAAGAUUGGGUGAUCUCCGCAUGAGAGGGCAAUUUGUUCGGCGGCAACCAUCUGACAGGGGAUUCCCUAGAAUAACAUCUCCCUCGUCCAUGGAUGCCCGAGGUGAUCUUUCUGCCAUCGAGAAUCAGGUACGCAAGCUAAUUGAUGAUUUGAGAAGCGAUUCCAUAGAAGCUCAGAGAUCAGCAACGUCAGAGAUCCGCCUUCUAGCUAAGCACAACAUGGAGAACAGGAUUGUCAUUGCAAAUUGUGGGGCUAUAAACUUGCUGGUUGGUCUCCUUCAUUCAACAGAUGCCAAAAUCCAAGAAAAUGCAGUGACAGCCCUCCUCAAUUUGUCAAUCAAUGACAACAAUAAGAUUGCCAUUGCGAGUGCAGAUGCUGUUGAUCCUCUCAUCCAUGUCCUGGAAACAGGGAACGCUGAAGCUAAAGAGAAUUCAGCGGCUACUCUGUUCAGUCUCUCGGUUAUUGAAGAGAACAAGGUGAGGAUUGGACGGUCUGGUGCCGUCAAGCCUCUCGUGGACUUGCUGGGAAAUGGGACUCCGCGAGGGAAGAAAGAUGCAGCCACCGCUUUGUUCAAUCUGUCGAUACUCCAUGAGAACAAGGGUCGCAUUGUGCAAGCUGAUGCUGUGAAGUACCUAGUCGAGCUUAUGGAUCCUGCUGCUGGCAUGGUCGACAAAGCCGUAGCCGUCUUGGCAAACCUUGCCACGAUACCAGAAGGGAGGACCGCGAUCGGGCAGGCCCGUGGUAUCCCAGCCCUCGUCGAAGUCGUCGAGCUGGGUUCAGCACGGGGAAAAGAAAACGCUGCCGCGGCGUUGCUUCAGCUAUGCACAAACAGCAAUAGGUUCUGCAGCAUAGUUCUCCAAGAGGGCGCCGUGCCUCCUCUAGUUGCGCUGUCACAGUCAGGAACACCUCGGGCAAGAGAAAAGCGCAGGCUCUUCUCAGCUAUUUCCGCAGCCAAAGACAUGGGAACUCGGCGAGGAGAUGAUGAUGUUAGCAUCAUAAUUUUGUAG